AUGCUCAAGCAGAGCGACAGGCGGCGGUCCUGGGGCUGCAGGCCGUGGAAUAGUACCGAGAGCGAGGGCGCGUCCCAGGCGGGGGACGGCCAGCACCGCGGGAGCGUCUGCUCGGUGGGGGCCCGCUCCGGCUCCCAGGCCAGCAUCCCGCGGUGGCCCGAGGGCUACUAUAACUACUACAUCGAGGAGGACGUGGACGGGGAGAGCGACGACGACCUGAAGGACGACCCAGGCGAGGAGGCCCAGCCGCCAGAGGCCAAGACCGACCUUCCCGCCGCGUCGGCCACGCUAAACGUGAACGUGGGCGGCCAGAGCUACCGCCUGGCCUACUGGCAGCUGGCCUGUUACCCCAAGACGCGCCUGGGCCGCCUGGCCACGUCCACCAGCCGCAGCCGCCAGCUGGGCCUGUGUGACGACUACGAGGAGCAGACGGACGAGUACUUUUUCGACCGCGACCCGGCCGUCUUCCAGCUGGUCUCCAACUUCUACGCAUCCGGGGUGCUGCUGGUGCUGGACGAGCUGUGCCCGCGCCGCUUCCUGGAGGAGCUGGGCUACUGGGGCGUGCGGCUCCAGUACACGCCGCGCUGCUGUCGCAUCUGCUUCGAGGAGCGGCGCGACGAGCUCAGCGACCAGCUCAAGAUCCAGCGCGAGCUGCGCGCACAGGCGCAGGCCGAAGAGGCCGAGGAGCUCUUCCGCGACAUGCGCUUCUACGCGCCGCAGCGCCGCCGCCUCUGGAACCUCAUGGAGAAGCCCUUCUCGUCCGUGGCCGCCAAGGCCAUCGGGGUGGCCUCCAGCCUCUUCGUGCUCAUCUCCGUCGUGGCGCUGGCGCUCAACACGGUGGAGGAGAUGCAGCAGCAGGCGGGGCAAGGCGCGGGCGGCGGCGACCCGCCGCCCAUCCUGGAGCACGUGGAGAUGCUGUGCAUCGCCUUCUUCACGCUCGAGUUCCUGCUGCGCCUCGCCUCCACGCCCGACCUGCGGCGCUUCGCGCGCAGCGCCCUCAACAUGGUCGACCUGGUGGCCAUCCUGCCGCUCUACCUGCAACUGCUGCUCGAGUGCUUCACGGGCGAGGACCCGCGGCACAGCAACGGCUCGCCGCGGGAGCACGACAUAGAGACUGUGGGCCGCGUGGGCAAGGUGGGCCAGGUGCUGCGCAUCAUGCGCCUCAUGCGCGUCCUGCGCAUCCUCAAGCUGGCGCGCCACUCCACCGGCCUGCGCGCCUUCGGCUUCACGCUGCGCCAGUGCUACCAGCAGGUGGGCUGCCUGAUGCUCUUCAUCACCAUGGGCAUCUUCACCUUCUCUGCGGCCGUCUACUCCGUGGAGCACGACAUGCCCAACACCAACUUCACCAGCAUCCCCCACGCCUGGUGGUGGGCCGCGGUGAGCAUCUCCACUGUAGGAUACGGAGACAUGUACCCAGAGACCAUCCUGGGAAGGCUUUUUGCCUUCCUCUGCAUUGCUUUUGGAAUUAUCCUCAAUGGGAUGCCAAUCUCCAUCCUCUACAACAAAUUUUCUGAUUACUACAGCAAGCUCAAAGCUUAUGAGUAUACUGCCAUGAGAAGGGAAAGGGGAAAGGUAGAGUUCCUGCAAAGAGCCAGAAAGAAGAUGGCGGAGUGUUUGGCUAGAAGCCACCUACAGCCCCCACAAAGGCAAGAGAGUUGA